ACUGAUUUUUCAGAAUUAUUUUCGCUAUGGAAUAGAAAUUGUGCGCUUUUUUGAUUGAACCUCGUUUGUUAUACCAUAAUAUUUGUGCGAUAUAUAUAGUGCUCUCAACAGAAUAACAAUAUGUAUGCUGUAUCAAAUAAGAUGCUUUGUGUUGUGGAGGCUUUAAUAGUGCUUUUUGUAACCAGCUUUACAAUUAUCAACGCUAUUCCAGAAUAUUAUAUGGAAGAAAGAUGUAAUGUCAACAAUAUUAUUAAUCUGGCCACGGAAACUCACGAAGCAGUCCGACUUCGCCUCACAAGAAACCCUGCGUAUACCCGAAACAUCAACUGUAUCAUGGUCAUUCAACCUCCGCCGGGCAAAAAACUUGUCGUCCGCUUUAAUGAAGUAGACAUCCAGCAGUUACAGACUGGACAGUGUGUGGACGCUCUGAUAGCCAUUGAUGGACAAGACCAAUCGGCUAGACUUCUCCAAGGUACACCUCAGCAAAUCUGUGGUCAGUCCAGACCAGCCCAGGCUUUCGUGACCCAACAGGGUCCCCUUCUUCUGAGAUUUGUCAGUGGUCAAACCAACGUAGCACGGAGGGGAUUUGAUCUCCUCAUCACUGCCUACAAAGAUGGUCCUUGUGCAUCCAAUGAAUACACCUGUAACAACCAGCGGUGUAUCAACGAGAACCUGCGCUGUUCCGGACUGGAUCACUGCGGGGACGGUACAAGGCCGUGCCCCCUGACCGCCGAGGCAGUGGCCGGGCUGGCGGUGGGCGGGGCACUGCUCCUCAUCAUCAUCAUCGCUCUCAUUGUCUUCUGUGUGUGCAGACAUAAAAGGAAGACGAACUUUAGUGAAAAGGCGCAUGCUCACGACAACAGACGAAAUGGCUACGAACCAACAGUAGUUAAAGGAGAAUCAAUCAAAAUUAGCGGAAGCAAUGUCAGGGGUGUGGUUUAUUAAACAAAGACCAAAAUCCAGAACUACAUGUGUAUGGCACUUGGUAGUUUUAUCUUGUCAUAUGUUAUUAAAAUACCUUUCACUGUGAUAUGGUGCCAUUUUGUUUAUAUUUUCUUCUUGUAUUCAAUGUUUAGACAUUUACAAUACAUACUGUAUACGAUAUUCAUUUCUCAUUUGCAUUGUUGCCUUGAUUGAAUGUCAUUGAAUGUACAUGUUUUUACCAGAAUACUUUAUCAAAUAUAUGCA